GCCGUGGAGUACGAACGUGCCAGUGCGUCUCUCGAUUCUCUCGAUCUCUCGUUACAUUUGUGUGCCGUAUUCCUGUGAAUGUUUUGUGUCGAAUGUGUCCCUGAUAUUCUCAUCAAUAUUCCAUUCACUGCGCGUUUUAUGCGGCGUUCAACGUAUUUAUUCGACAUACUUACGACCAGUGACUAGUGAAACUUUUGACAGGCCACAUUGGACUUGGAACGAUGCAACACCUGCCAGUCUUUUAGUGGACUUAUUUAAAAGAAAGGGUGGUUAACCAGAGAUUCCUGGACUCGAGGUCUCCCAACCACGGAUAUUUGGAGCUCCAAGCGCGCACUGACGCUCCAAGGGAGAAAGGAAAGACAAUGUGCAGAAAGGCAUCGCAGAAUUCGUGAUCGAAUCGCACGAUAAUGUGUCGAAGUUCGCGGAAGGUUUUCUGUCGAGACGAAAGGUGCGAACUGUUAAAAUCGGCGAGGUGAUUCCUCGUGUAUCGAAGUAUGUCUUCCUGAGGAAAGCGAGGAAUCACAGAGACAAAGAUGUGCUGCUCGGGUGGUCCUGGUGGCAUCAGACUGACCAGGUGCGGCGUCGUUUGCGGCAUCGCGGCGCUCGCGGCUCUCGGCACGGCGCUUUUAGGCCCUGCAUGGCUUCACACCGAGGAGAAGUUGCAACUUCCGUAUUUGCCGCGCAGUUACGCGAAUAUCGUGAGUGUACGCUUCAAGCUGGGUCUCUUCAGGGUCUGUCCAAUAAUCGUGAAGCCUGCCAACGUAACACUCCAUAUUCCUGUACCAUCCUGUACCUACGUCAAGUACAGUAGCUUGGAGGAUGUCAGGCCCCAGGAGUUAGGAUUCCCUCUGCUAGAAUUCACCCCCACAGUGGUCUCGAAAAUAAGGAUUUCCGCGCCAUUUCAAGUAGUCGCUGGAGCACUGCUCCUUGCCGCCACCAUCUCAGCUUUAAUUGGUCAUUGUUACUCUGACCAUAGAACUCUCGUCGCCUGUGGACUAUUCCUUCUCAGUGGGCUCUCGCUUGGUGGUGGCCUGAUAGUCCUGGCAUCGGCGUUAUCCGACGCAUCGCUAGAAUUACCAGGAAAAUACAGUUUGCCCUCUACGUCGAGCAUGCAGACGGACGAUAGCACUCUACCGCAGUACCAAUACGGUUGGUGUCUUCAGUUGUCGGGGUUGGCUUUGAUCUUGGCGGAAGUGGCGGCUGUUUUAACAAUGUCUGGGUACAUGGCUCGCUUCUCCACCGUCGAAGAGAUGGUGAGAGUUAUGGUACCAGGGGCCGAGAGAAAGCUAAGGGAACAAAGAGGUCUCAGUUCGGAGUACCUAGUAAGAGCUCAUCAAAAAUCACCUGGACCAUCGCAAGCUAGGGAUUUUGGGCAACCUGCAAAAACUCCCCAAAGAGUUGUCGAAGAGGGGACGUCCCUUUUGUGCAAGUCUGCGCCAGACAUCUGCGCAUCGAAUCCUCAAGCCAUCAGCUACGUUGAUAAGGCAGACCUUGCUCACGUUUUACCAGCGUAUCCAGAUGCGAAGAACGCGGAACCCCGGUAUACGUUUGGCGAUAAAUCGGAAGCCAGUGUUAUCGACUCACGGUUAAGCGGCUUCGCCGAUAAGGAAGGGUUGAUCGACUCGAGGAUUCUGUCGGACUCGCGACAGAAUAUGAUCGCUUUUACCGAAAGCAAGGAGCACACCGUCGGUCAGGAGCCGCGGUACACCGAAUUUUCUCCCAGAACUACAGAACAGAAUGUCGUUGAUUCGAGGUUAAGUGGUUUCGCUGAAAAGGAAGGUCUCCUCGACUCGAGACUCAGUGUUUACGGUGAAAAGAACGAGUCGUUGCUGGACACUCCGUUCGGUUACGACACACGCUUCAACAGUUUGGCUGGUCAGACUGUGCCCAUCACCCUGAAGAAUCAGAACACGUCUGUUUCGGCGAUCCAGUCGCAGUACAUCUAUCAAAAUUUUGGAACGAUACACUCUGGGAUUUUGAGGGUGUCGGAGCCGGGGACAAGUUCAAGUUCAAACUCGAGUCAGCGAAGCAUGACACUCCAGAAUCCAAAAAGAAAGUCACAGAUCGCGCAAAACACCUUCAGCACGAUGGAGUGCGAGAAAAGGAAACGAGGACCUGGAAUUGCCGGUAAGGCAGGAUUUUACACUGGUAGCGCGGUAUGACCACCACCACCUCCUCCGACGCCAAGGUAACUGGAAGAGGAGGAGACGCCACUCUAAUUUCAUAUACAAAGAACUAGUGGCGUUGAACUCUGUAUGUCGGAGGAAUGUAUCCAGAUGCAUGGAAAGACGAAAUCUGUUUUAUCGUAUGCUGUAGUGAAGAUUUAUACCGCAUCUGUCGUCGAUAAGACAGAGAAUGACAGAAAACUUGUUACCAUAUUAGGUGGUAACUACCAUACCUACCAUCGAAAAUAUAGUACUCAGUGGACAUAUUAUCCAUGUCUGUGCAGGCAAUUGAUGUUUCUCAUGUGAGUAGACUCAUCACGAGACAAUCUUGUUCGAACGUUAGAGAGAGAACCUGUACAUAAAUUACCGCUAUCUAGGUUAAAAACGAACUAUGUGCAAGAGAUGGAAUCGAAGCGAAUUCUCGACAAUUUCAGAACUCUUCGAGGGACGUGUGACGUAGUUGUAAGACCAUACAUGUUAAUCGAUAAAAUAAAGACACAGGAAUUCGUGGUAGCGUACAUACUAUAGGCUUAGCGUUAAGCGACAUAGGCAACGUAUCGUAAAAAGGUUAAAGUAUAGGGUCGAUUUUAUUAAAAAAUUUAUACCGUUUACGUGUCAAUCCGUGAACUCCUUGCCUCUAGAAGAGCUAGUCGAUCUUUCUUUGAACUUUUGCACGGAUAAACGACAGGGUUCGACUCGUUCAGGUAUCUAGAACGACAUUCAGUUGAUCCACUGACCUGUCCUCAGUUGUGGACGACUAAAUUCGAUAUACUCGGUAUGAUAUCCGAUUCCCAACGUCACUUCCAGAUUCGCCAGUCGGCGCACUGAGCAAAUACGUAAGCACCUAUGGAAAGUAGAUCAACUGACACCGAAACUUGCACCUCGCUGUUAAAUUUAACCUCCAUUAAUCACGUAAUCGCGUUUCAACUACAUAACCAAUCAUAAAUCGAGCGGAGCUAUAAGUCGAAGAGGGAUAAUAAUGUAGUCGAUAUGCUGUAAUAUACUCGGUGAUCGGUAUAGUCACGAAUACUUAAUGGCGCGUGAACACGUCUGACCAUUUUCGGGAAAGGUGGAAUGCCGUGAGUUACGAGCGAGAAUUCGAUCAGCCGUUUGACGAACCGUGUGAAAGAUUUUACCAUAGACACCUAUCAUCGACGUAAGCACGAUCGGAGGAGGAGAGAAUAGUACAAAUUUAAUUUUAAUGUUACAUUAUCAUUAGUGCUCGUCGUCGAUUUGAUUCUCUACGUUACAUCGAUAUCAACACUUUGUGAGAACAAAUUGGGGGAUUCUCUCUUCCAUGGAUCGUUUCCUUAACUUUUUAACUGCGUUCGACGUAUUUAUUCGUCAUAUAGAAUGGAAGUUACAAGUCAAUGUCAUUUGGUGGUAUGUUUUCUUUAUAUUACCAAUAGAACUGCUAUAUGUUUCAUAAGAAAACGAAUGAUUAUCUCUUUUGUUUAUUCGCAUGCUCAACAACUGGUACUUGUUUUUAAAAAUACCACGUUGUAGUCAACUGAAUUUCUUCAAUUUUUCUUGUUAGUGAAACUUAUUAUUUUUUGCCAAUUUUUAAAUUUCUAACAAAUAACAACAUUUUCAACGAUGAAUUGUGCGAUAAAAUUUAUUUCUUCCUGAUUUUAUUUUACGUUUUCAGUAAAAUUUAUAAUACAAAUUCGCAGUUAAAGGGUUAAAUCGUCACCAAUGUAUGACAAAGUCUUUCGACACGUUCGUCAAUCGUGGACAUAUCAGGAACGAAAGCGUUUUAAACUCAACUGCCACGGAGUUGUCGUGACUUCAACUUUCUUCCUCGUUUGCGUCGCGUACGUUUUCCCCCUGCCAAGGUGUACUGCAAGGGUUGAGAAUAUUUUAAGGUCUCAGAGCACCCCCAAGCCAAUCCUGACGGAAAGGUUUCACUUACGAAUCGGAUCGUACGUUGUUGUGUAUGUAACUUUGCAACUUAUUAAUAUCUAAAGAUCGUAGGUGAGUGUAAUAAAACGUUUCUUUUCU